UUUUUGUUGUUCUUCUGUCAAACAAUUUUUUUAUUGGAAGGGUUUUCUUGUAUGAUUUUCCCCCUUUCUUGCACAGAAAUCUCUCUCUCUGUUUUCCUCUUUAAUCGGUAGUUGUUCACUUGUUCUACUUUCUCCUUCUCUGUUCUCUCUUCGUUGAUUUGAAUCCUUUUCGCCUGGUGUGAAUAUUAAUGGAGACCGAGAUUAAUAUUACGAAUGGCGGGUCGGGGGAGGAUUUUUAUGAUGUUGACCAGCGGGAGAAUCAUGCAAAGGUUGCGGAACUGAAUCAGAGAAUUGAGGUUUUGGAGCGUGAGAAGAAGGAGUUGGUUGAGGAAAAUGAAGAUAUAAAAAAUAAGAUUAAGAAACUUUCAGCAGAGACUGAGGGGUUAAAGAGUGAAGAGGGGUCGCUGAAAGAACGCUUGAAAGAAAUGGAGAGUCAAGUUGAACGUGCUGAAGAGGGUAAUAAGGUGUUAGAGUCGGUGGCGGCGAGAGCGUUGGAGCUUGAGACUGAGGUCGCGAGGCUACAGCAUGAUUUGAUAUCUACAAUGAAUGGAGCCGAUGAGGCAACUGCUGAAGUUGCGGAGUUGAGGAAAAAUUUGGGGGAAAAAGGAGAGAAGGUUGCAGCUCUUGAGGAAGAGUUGGAAGCCCUGAAGAAGUCUAAGUUGGAGAGCGAAAAGAAAAUCAGAGAAUUGGAGAGGAAAGUUGGGGUUUUGGAGGUGAAGGAGAUAGAGGAGAAGAGUAAAAAAGUUAGGGUGGAGGAGGAAAUGAGAGACAAAAUUGAGGAGAAGGAGAGGGAAAUCACGGGUUUUAAGAAGAUCGUCGAGGAUCUGGAAUCGGUGCUAAAGAAGAAGGGGCUGGAGUUAGAUAAGUGGAUGAAGGAGAAAUUUAAGGUGGACGAGUCGUUGAAGGACUCGGAGGAGAAAUCGAAAAUGUUGGAGUUGAAAAUGGUUGAGUUGCAGAGGGAAGUAGAGGAAGCACACAAGGUGAUCAGUGGAAUGAAGGAGAAAGCAGCGAAUGCUUUGAAUGGUACUGCAGAGGAACUCAAGUCAGCUUUGGGGGAAGGCGCAGGGAAGGAGUUGAACUUAAACUGGCCUAUAAUUGCAGGUUCCACUGGAGUUGUUGCUGCAACAGUUGCACUGGCCUUUGUUUUGUAUGGUAGACAGAGAUAAAUUGGGAUAUGGAGACUUGACUCAGAAGAACAUAGCCAAAAGGGUGGGUAGGGUUCAUGAACUACAAAUCUGCUCAAGUUUUGUUCCAUAUGUUUGUUUAUUUGGUGUUUUCCUAUCCAAUAAAUACUGGUUGGCGCUAAAUUUUGCUUCAAAGUUUUAUGUGAAGCUAAGCUAAGUCUUGUUGGUUAACUAAUCUAGCUGAUAUAGUUUGAGGAAUCACUGCACUGAAGUUUAACCCCACUGUUAUUGAUGGAUUAUCCAGACAAAUCUUCAGCUACACUUGAUUUUGAGUUGUUUUUAAGGCAAUCUUGCAUGGUUGUACCAAAGUUUGGCAAAUUAUAACUGUCCCAUUCUGAUU